UGUUGGGAAGUCAGGAGCUAGAGCUCUCUUCAGCCUCACUAGCCAGCUUUGUCUCAGCUCAGAGGCCAUGCCUCCUUCCCUGCCACUCUUGGCUCUCAGCCUCUCCUUAACUCUGGCCUUGGGCCAGACAUUCCAAUUUCAAGAACAUGCCUUUCUCCAAUUUCUGGGUCUAGACAAGGUGCCUUCACCUCAGAAAUUCCAACCCGUGCCUUAUAUCUUGAAGAAAAUUUUCCACGAUCAAGAGACAGCAGCCACCAUUGGGAUCUCACGAGAUCUAUGCUACGUAAAGGAGCUGGGAGUCCAGGGGAACAUACUUCGACUUCUCCCAGAUCAAGGUUUCUUUCUUUACUCCAAGAACCUUCCCCAGGCCUCCCCUUGCCUACAGAAGCUCCUCUACUUCAACCUGUCUGCAGUUAAAGACGAGGAGCGGUUAACGAUGGCCCAGCUGGGCCUGGACUUGGGGCCCAACACUUACUAUCACCUGGGGCCAGAUUUGGAAUUGGUUCUGUCCCUGGUCCAGGAGCCUCACGUGUGGGACCGGUCCAUUCCUAAGCCGGGUAAAAUGUUUGUAUUGCAGUCAGUACCAUGGCCUCAAGGUGUCCUUCACUUCAACCUGUUGGAGGUGGCUAAGGAUUGGAGUAAUAACCCUCAGAAGAACUUAGGCUUGUUCCUAGAGAUACUGGUCAAAGGACAGAGAGACUCUGGGGUGAAUUUUCAGCUUGAGGACACCUGUGCCAGACUGAGAUGUUCUCUUCAUGCUUCCCUGCUAGUUGUGACCCUCAACCCUAAGCAGUGCCACUCUUCUUCCCGAAAAAGGAGGGCAGCCAUCCCUGCCCCUAAAGUUUCUUGCAAGAACCUCUGCCAUCGUCACCAGCUAUUCAUCAACUUCCGGGACCUGGGUUGGCACAAGUGGAUCAUUGCUCCCAAGGGGUUCAUGGCAAAUUACUGCCAUGGAGAUUGUCCUUUCUCACUGACCACUUCCCUCAACGGCUCCAAUUACGCGUUCAUGCAAGCACUGAUGCAUGCGGUUGACCCAGCGAUUCCCCAGGCUGUCUGUAUUCCCACCAAGCUGUCUCCCAUUUCCAUGCUUUACCAGGACAAUGAUGACAAUGUCAUUCUACGUCAUUAUGAAGACAUGGUAGUUGAUGAAUGUGGGUGUGGGUAGGCUGUCGGAAAUAGGAAUCCAAGGAGUGUUCUUAGGGUAAAGCUUUUAAUAAAACUACCUACCUGGUUUAUGAGCUGUUGGAUAUGAAAUAUCAAUA